UGACAGUUGGGAGCGAAGAAAAAAAAAAAAAGAGAAAAGGCAGGUACACGUUUCUAUUGACAAGCACAGCAAGAACCCCAUUUCUCGACUUCUAUCUCUCCCGGUCUUUCUGUUCUGGCUUUCUUCCUUUCUUCUCCCCCCAUGCAUCCACUUCUAUCCUUCAUUUCUUACGAUUCUUCCCCAACUGUAUUGGGAGUCUCGACCAUCCUUUGCGGAGUACUUCUCUAUAUCGUCAGCAAGAUGCUCGGCUUUGGAUCUCGUAACCAGUUCGUUGUCGAGGGCAGGACCGCAGUGAUCACUGGCGGCUCCGAGGGCAUGGGCAAGGCAGUUGCUUGUCAGCUUGCUGAAAUGGGAGCCAACGUUGUGAUUGUGGCACGAACUACAUCCAAGCUUCUGGCUGCCAUCGAGACCAUGAAGCGAGUCGCGGACAAUGUUGAGCGGCAGAAAUUCCACUACAUCAGUGCGGACUUGACCGAUCCUGCAGAAUGCCAGCGAAUCAUGUCCGAGGUGACCGAAUGGAACGAUGGACAAGAGCCUGACAUCGUCUGGUGCUGCGCAGGAUACUGUCACCCUGGGUUUUUCACCGAAACAUCCAUCCAGGCGCUGCGGAAUCAGAUGGAUACCGUUUACUGGACUGCUGCCAACACGGCCCACGCCAUUCUGCAGCGGUGGCUCACUCCGAUCAGCCCGAGUAAGCAGGCACCAAUUCCUACCAGACACCUCAUCUUCACCUGCUCCACGCUCGCCUUCGUGCCUAUUGCGGGUUAUGCUCCUUAUUCCCCAGCCAAGGCUGCUAUCCGCUCUUUGUCCGAUACCCUCAGCCAGGAGAUUGAGAUCUACAAUGGCUCUCGUACCUCCAAAGCACGCUGCGAGGCUCCGGCUGCCGAUGUCAAGAUCCACACGGUCUUCCCAAUGGGAAUUUUGAGCCCCGGCUUCGACAAUGAGCAGAAGCUCAAGCCGGCGUUGACGAAGCAGUUGGAGGAGGCCGACAAGCCGCAGUCCCCGCAGGAGGUUGCCAGCAUUGCUAUCAGUGCCCUCGAGCGAGGGGAGUACCUGAUUACAACAAUGUUCAUUGGCGACAUCAUGAAAGGGUCUGCUCUCGGACCCAGCCCACGGAACUCCAUUAUCAGAGACACCUUGACAAGUUGGCUCAGUAACUUAGUCUUCCCAGGUGUGAUCUACGACCUUCGACGGAAGGCGUGGAAGUGGGGCGUGAAGCACGGUCUUCCCACCAACCCAGAUGGCAACUGAUAUGCUGUACUGUCAUGACUUGAGUCCUGGUUGUCUGGUCUAUGUCCUAGAUACCCUGAGCUGCGUUCCUCAUUCUUGCAGCCAUUAUUGUAAUCAUUCCUAAAGAACAUGUACAUAUAGGCGUAGUCUUAAUCCAUGCUUCAUUGUC